UCAUGUCCUUGUAGAAUUGAUUGGACAAGUCUGUCAAGUCUUUUAACAUGUUUUCAAAUCAAAUAGAAUAAAUGUUCACAUUUUGUUGGAUUAAUUUCAUUAGAUUUAAGGUGACAACAUUUGUUGUGGGACAGUAGUAUUUAUUUUUUUUUUUUUUUUUGGGCAUUUUGUUCUGCUUUCCUCUCUGGGUUGGUUGAAUUCCAAUGUUUUGUGUGUUUAUAAAUGUUUCUUAUUUUCUCUCACUAGCCUAUUAGGGCCUGUUUGGCAAGUGUUUUGUUUUGUUUUAGACCUGCUACAGUAGCCCUUUUGAAGCCCAAAACAUGUUUGGCUGGGUUUAUUGCGUUUGAAACAGUUGCAAAACAGAAUCAAAUUUGGGCUCAAAAGAUGAAACACCAUUUUGGUGUUUUUUGUUGCUUCCGGUUGUAUUUGCAUUGCAGCGGAAGAAGCAAAUCCUUCAUUUAACUGUAGCGGAGGCAACAAUUGAAAGGAGGUAUAAAAGGAAAACUUGCAACAAUCCUAGGGUUUGGUUUGCUGCGUUGUGGUCUAGCGAUCUUGGCAAUUCUUGGCGACAACUGAACAACUGCUAUUUGUUUUCCUUUGCUGCUAUCUUCGACGAUCUCAACAGAUCAACAAUGGAGUUUAACUAUUUUAUUUUUUUUGGGGCACGGGGUGGAAAAGAGUUUCCUGUAUAACCAGAUGCUAGCUCCAGAACACAAUAGUCACUCUUUGUUUAGGGCAAUGGAUAUGUGGAACCAUAUAAGAAGAAUAAUUCAAUUUUAUGACGAUGAGGAGGACAAUGAGAGUGUCUUAAUAUUUGCUACUCUUUUAGAAGAGCAGAACUUCUAUCAAAAGAGGCGUUGUAGGGAUUCCAUUUUACAAGGGGAAACGUAUGUUAUGGAGAUUUUAAACGGGCACAGAGAAAGAUGUAAUGAAAAUUUUAGGAUGUACCCUGAAGUUUUUAGAACAUUGUGUAGUACCCUGAAAGGUAUAGGGCUGAAAGAUUCUAAAUUUUUAACUGUUUAUGAACAAGUGGCAAUCUUUUUGCUCACUUUAUCUCAUAAUCAAAGGAAUCGUGUUGUAGCUGAGAGAUUUCAACACUCCACUGAAACCAUUUCCAGACACUUCCAUGCUGUGUUACAUGUAGUAUGUCAGUUGGGCACCCAUAUCAUUGCCCCUCCUGAUUUUUUUGUGAUUCCGAAUAAGAUUAGAGAGUCUUCUAGGUUUUUCCCUUACUUCAAGAAUUGCGUGGGAGCUAUAGAUGGAACCCACAUUCCUGCAACUCUGCCAGCAAGUACACAACUUCCAUUUCAUGGUAGAAAGGGUUAUACCACACAAAAUGUAAUGGUUGUAUGUGACUUUGACAUGAGGUUCACAUAUGUGCUAGCUGGGUGGGAAGGCUCCGCUAAUGAUUCGAGAAUCCUAAAGGAGUGUAUUGAGAAUGAGGCAAUGAACUUUCCAGCUCCACCAGCAGGUAAGUAUUAUUUGGUGGACUCAGGAUAUGUCAACAAGCCUGGUUAUUUGGCCCCAUUUCGAGGUCAUACUUACCACUUUCAGGAAUAUCGUAGGACUAGACAACCUCGUGGUCGGGAGGAAGUGUUCAAUCAUAGGCAUUCAUCUUUGAGAAAUAUAAUUGAGCGAUGCUUUGGGUUGUUGAAGAUGAGAUUCGCUAUUUUGAGGGCAAUGCCUCCUUAUAAGUUUUCAACACAAGUAUUGAUUGUAAUGGCUUGUUGCACAUUACACAAUUUCAUCAGAAAUCAGCAUCAGUCUGAUGAUUUAUUUUAUAGUAACAAUCCUCCUCAAAGUGAUGGUGAAGAUGAUGAGAUUGUUGAGCAUGUGCCUUCGGCUCAGCUUCGAGAAAUGGAACAGUUGCGUAAUACUAUUGCUGAUCGAAUUUGGAAUUCUCUUUAGCACUUUUGAUCCUUCUGAAAGUGAUGAUAUGAAGUGUGUUGAUGCUCUCUUAAAGGCCACAUGUGCUGUUAUGAAGAUGAUGUGUCGUUGCCAUUGUCAUCCACUUUAUGAACUUCUUAUCAAUUUUUACUGACAACUAUGUAUUGUUAAUGCUUUGUUCCAAACAUUUUAUGUACAACUUAAACUUGUUUAAUUUGUUGGUUGAAUAUUUAAAGACUUGUAAAUGGUAUACACUCUAUUUCAAUUAUGCUUUCAGUUGGGUUUGUUUUUA